UGACCAUUUUAUUUUAUUAUUUCCAUAAAAUUGCAGUCACCUGUGCUCAUAGGAGGAAUUAACUGUGACCUUUCACCCCGUACUGGAGCAGGAUGUAGGCCGAGUGGAAGCUGCCUGAUUAGUUUCUCGGUUUGCCUUCUAAAGAGAAAUAAUCUCCAGAAAAUCCGUGCUCUGUUAACAAAAAAAAAAAAACAUGCAGCAUCUACUGUCCUUCGUCUUUUUGAACCUGGCCGGAUUGUGUUUUUCAGCAGCUCCUCCGCCAACAUCAGCCCCAAUUUUCUCUAAACCGUUUGUAGUUAUAUGGAAUGCUCCGAUCUACAGAUGCAAUCAACUGCAGGUCCCUCUGGACUUGGAUGUGUUUCAUGCUAUUACCACACCUCAACGUGUGCCUAACCAAGUGCUGACCCUCAUGUAUUAUAACAGAUUGGGGAUUUUUCCUUACACUGACCUCUACAAUUUCACACAGUACAAUGGUGGCAUUCCACAGAAGGGAAACCUAAACGCCAGUCUUCAAAAAGCCCAGAAAGAGUUUGACUAUUACAUUCCAUCCUCCGUACCUGGCCUGGCUGUCCUCGACUGGGAGGAGUGGUUUCCCUUGUUUGACCGAAAUGCAGAUUUAAGAGAGAUCUAUAAGGCACUGUCCAUAAACUACACCCUGCAGGAGAAUCCCUUUCUUUCAAGCAAAGAAGCUACGUUAAGAGCCAGGGAGGAUUUUGAGAAAGCUGCCAGAAGAUUCAUGGAAGAAACAUUAAAGUUAGGACUCUCACAAAGGCCAAAUUUCCUCUGGGGCUUUUAUUUGUUUCCUGACUGCUACAACUAUGAUUUUUUAAACCCAAACUAUACUGGAAAAUGUCCAAAAAGUGCCAAUGUAUUGAAUGACAAACUUCAGUGGCUAUGGGAGAGAAGCACUGCAUUUUUUCCAUCAGCAUACAUGCCAGUUUCUGUAAGUAAAACCCAGAAAGCAGCUCUGUUUGUCCGACACAAGGUGCUAGAAGCAAUGAGAGUUGCACAUUUGUCACAACGCCCCUACUCUGCUCCCAUUUAUUUGUAUCUACAACUGCUUUUGCGGGAUCAAAAUGGCCUGUACAAAGAUGAGGUUGACCUGAUUCGGAGUAUUGGUGAGAGUGCAGCGCUGGGAGCCGCUGGAUGUGUGCUCUGGGGCUCUAGCUAUUAUUUUAAUGACAAGGAAUCAUGCAAAUCUCUUUCUGCAUACUUGUCAAACACGCUAAAUAAGUAUGUCGUCAAUGUUACGACUGCAGCCGAACUGUGCAGUGACCUGCUUUGUCAAGGUAAAGGACGCUGUGUCCGUAAAAACUAUGAUUCAGACGACUACCUUCACCUGAACAUAACCAACUUUAAAAUACAGAAGAUUGAUGGGAUGUUUAAAGUCUUUGGGAAGCCUUCCAUCACUGACCUCCGUGCCUGGGCUUACACGUUCACCUGUCAGUGCUAUGAGGACAGUAAAUGCAGGGCUCAGUUUGGUAACAUUUAGGAAUGUAAUUAUGAUUAUAGAUCAUUUCUGCUGGUAUUUAUGUAUUUUCACACAGGUUUCUUAUUUGUUUGUGCUGUUUUGCUUCAACAAGUAAACCCUCUGAAACUUA